AACACCAAUAGAGUUAUGUAUCAAACUCCUGCCCCUCUUCUCUGGACCUUUGACACUCAGCGUAACAAUAAAAGGAACCUUGUGAGAGGAGCAGUGUUCAGAAGAGCUGCUGCUGUGAAAACUCUGCUGAAGACCAUCCACAGUGAUCUGAACAUCUCCACAAUGUGGCUCUUGAUUUUCUUGGUCUGGUUGAUUAUAUGGGCCGGUGGCACCUACUGGUACCUGUUUGGGAAACCGAGCCCUUUCUCUCUGGAGUCAGUGAGACCUCCUGGACCUCGUGAGUUUGAUCAGAAGAAGCGGGACAAAGUCAUCAAGCAAGGUUUCAGUCUUGACAAGGUGCCCCAGAAUCUGGACGUCAUUGUCAUUGGUAGUGGUAUUGGUGGUCUGUCAGCUGGAGCUACAUUGGCCAAAGCAGGGAAGAGAGUCCUGGUGCUGGAACAACACGACCAGGCAGGGGGCUGCUGCCACACCUACAUAGAGAAAGGCUUUGAGUUUGAUGUUGGGCUUCACUACAUUGGUCAGCUCCAUGAGAACAGUCUGCUGCGCAUCAUCUUUGACCAGCUCUCUGAGGGGCAGCUGGAAUUCCAGGAGCUAAAUCAACAUUUUGAUACCAUCCAGAUCGGCCUGGGCGAUGAGAAGCGAGAGUACACCAUAUUCUCUGGUAAAACUGAGAUGAAAGCCCAUCUGAUGAAGCAAUUCCCUGAUGAAACCGAGGCCAUUGAGACAUUCUUCAAAAUAAUGAAGGUCUCAGCUAAGAAGACACACUACCUGGCCACUUUAAAGCUGAUCCCUCAGUGGGUGUCUUUAUUCCUGCUGAAGUCGGGCAUCGCAAACCUCGUCUCCCCAGUUUUCCGCCUUUCUGGCACAUGUGCAACAGAUUUGGUGAACACCCUGACCAGCAACAAGGAUCUCCACGUCAUCUUCUCUUACCUUUUCUAUGGUGUGCCUCCAAAGGACUCCAGCAUUCUGAUCAAUGCCCUCCUGGUUCACCACUACAAACGCGGUGCCUACUACCCUAAAGGUGGCGCCAGUGAAAUCGCAUUCCACAUCAUUCGCACCAUUCAGAAAUAUGGAGGAAACUGCUUGGUCAGAGCCCCGGUCUCCCAGAUCCUGGUUAACGAGAAGGGGGCAGCUUAUGGUGUGAAAGUGAGGAAAGGUCAGGAGGAAGUGGAGGUUCAUGCGCCUGUGGUCGUCUCAAACUGUGGCAUCUUCACCACCUUCCAGAAACUUCUUCCACCUGAGAUUCAAGUCAAACACGAUAUUCAGGAGAGACUGAACAUGAUGAAACACGGCAGAGGAUCAUUCUUGGUCUUCUCUGGCUUUGAUGGAACUGAGGAGGAGCUGGGCCUCGUGUCCACUAACUUCUGGCUGUUCAAAAACAAUGAUAUGGACAAGUCGAUGGAAGACUUCUUUGCAUUGAGCAAAGAGGAAGCACCGGACAACAUUCCCAUGAUGUUCAUUACAAUGCCAUCUUCCAAAGACCCAGAGGCCAAAAUAAGACACCCUGGAAAAUCUUGCAUGACAAUACUGACCAUGGUGAAGUACGAGUGGUUUGAGGAAUGGAAGGACACAGUUGUACGCAAAAGGGGUGACGAAUACCACGACUACAAAAUGAGAUUUGCUAACAACCUCUUUGACUGGGCCUGCACUUUGUUCCCUAAAAUCAAAGACAAGCUGGUUUUCCAGGAUGUGGCAACCCCACUGACCAACAUGCACUACCUGGGUGCCCAGCGUGGAGCCAUGUACUCCGCUGAGCACAACCUGGACCGUUUCCAUGCUGAGGCUGUGGCGAGGAACAGGUGCAACACCCCCGUGAAAAACCUCUAUAUCUCAGGCCAAGACGUGUUUAGCUGUGGGAUAGCAGGAGCUCUACAUGGUGGACUCCUCUGCGCCUCCACUGUGUUAGAUCACAUUGUCUACAUCGACUUGCUCAUCCUCAAGAAGAAGCUGAAGAGGAGGAAAGCCAGAGAGCUGGCCCAGCUGGCUAAGAAGAAACUGCAGUGAGCGCGUAGUGAGUGCACUUCCCCUGCAGGACAUUAAUGAAACUGCACAAACCUGGUGCAACAGGACCCUUGAUUGUUGUUAAAAGCUCAGAGGAACACACCACCACUGUAUUCCAAUUCUGCUCUAUGUGACUAAUAUUAUGUCUAUGCAUACUUACGCCCAUGGUGCACUUUUGUGGUGGUUACAAGGAACAGAUGUGAUGUCCUUUUUUGUCCCCCAAACAAAAAAAUCUAAUUACAUAAAUUCACAAAUAGCAAAGAAAUUAUUAGUUUUUAAAAUUUCUGAGCUAAAGGCAUCACACAAAUUGAGUCUUUUGAUUAACUUUAUCUUGAGAACCAGAAUAAUCCAUGUGUUCCUGGUAGAUCAUUAAGUCUGAUGGUCUAUGCUAACAUACUAAACUGCCUGGUCUUGAGCAACCAGUAUACAGACAACUGGUUCACUCAUUAAAAAUCUGUAUUUUUGCAACAUAUUUAGCUCCCAUUUACAUUUAGAACUGCUACUUGUUCAGAUUUUUGCUUUUAGGGUUGUUGCCUGUGCUAGUCAUGAAUUAUCUUAACGUGUAAAAUGAACUAUGUGUAGCAUGGGUUAACAUGGAGCACUGGAAACAAUAAUCUAGAUUAGAAUGGUUCGUUCACAUGGGAGUUGUAAAACAAGACUAGAAAUAUAUUGUCAAAUUUUUUGUUUUUUGUUUUUGUUUUUAGUGGGAUUGUUGCUGCAGCAUCUUCUCAGUA